AUGUCCGACGCAAAGUCCUUCUACGAGCUCUCCGCGUCCCUCCCGGGCGGGAAGACGUACAAGUUCGAGGAGCUCAAGGGCAAGGUCGUCCUCAUCGUCAACGUUGCAUCCAAGUGCGGGUUCACGCCGCAGUACAAGGGCCUGCAGGCGCU